AUGGAUGCUGAAAACUCUUCUAUAAGUGAGCCUUCUUCCGAAAAGAGGGGUUAUUUUAAGAGAGCAAUAAAUACAGUCAACAAUAUGAGCAUAACGAGAAAACGAAAACAAACAGGAAAGUUUCCAGCGAAUGAAGAAGAUAUACUACAUUCAUCCGAUAAAACAGUACGAAAUAAUUAUCAUUCUGAUGAGUACUCCCAGAUAAAUGAUGAUGUCUCCACAUUUAACGACUCUGUAUCAUACCUUUUCAGUGAGCCACCAUUACCGCAAUCAAAUACAAUGUCUAUCGUUGUAGGUGUGUUUGUUGCUGUUGGUGGAUUUCUUUUUGGCUAUGAUACAGGACUUAUAAACAGCUUGAUUGAUAUGCAAUACGUACGAGAGCAUUUGGCUCCAAACCAUACUUUCUUCACGAACGUACAGAUGUCAAUAUUGGUAUCAUUUCUUUCAUUAGGUACCUUUGUUGGUGCUUUAAGUGCCCCAAUUAUUUCUGAUUCAUUAGGCAGAAAAUUGACUAUUAUUAUAAGUACCGCCUUUGUUUUCUCACUGGGAAACUCUUUACAGGUCGGUGCAACAAGCAUGCAACUAUUAGUUAUCGGUAGAGUUAUUUCUGGAAUUGGUAUUGGAUUUAUAUCCGCUGUAGUACCAUUAUAUCAAGCUGAAACUGUGAAGAAGAAUUUAAGAGGCGCCAUUAUCUCGACGUAUCAAUGGGCUAUUACGUGGGGCCUAUUGGUUUCUAGCGCCGUCGCUCAAGGGACCCAUCACAUGGAUAAUGCAUCAUCUUAUAGAAUUCCUAUAGGACUACAAUACAUAUGGUCAUCCACUUUGGCAUUGGGUAUGAUCUUCUUACCCGAAAGUCCCCGUUAUCACGUCUUAAAAGACAACUUAGACAAGGCUGCUCGAUCACUAUCCUUUUUGAGAAGUGUCCCCCUUCAUGAUUCGGGACUUUUAGAGGAACUUGUAGAAAUAAAAGCUACAUAUGAUUACGAGGCUUCCGUAGGAACGUCAACUUUUAUGGAUUGUUUCGUUUCCAGCGAAAAGAGACCAAAACAAUCCUUACGAAUGUUUACGGGUAUGGCAUUACAAGCAUUUCAACAAUUUACUGGUAUCAAUUUCAUUUUCUACUAUGGUGUAUACUUUUUCAAUAAUACUGGUGUCAAUAAUAGUUACAUUAUUUCGUUAAUAACCUAUGCCGUAAAUGUACUGUUCAAUGUUCCAGGUAUGUACCUUGUUGAAUAUUUUGGCAGAAGGAAGGUUUUAAUUGUCGGUGGUAUCUUGAUGACAAUUUCAAAUUUCAUUAUUGCGAUUGUUGGUAUUGCCACCAAUUCUGUAAUUGCUAAUAAAGUCAUGAUUGCGUUUAUUUGUGUCUUCAUUGCAACUUUCUCAGCAACAUGGGGUGGUGUUGUAUGGGUUGUCUCAGCAGAACUUUACCCAUUGGGUGUUAGAGCCAAAUGUACCGCUAUUUGUGCUGCUACAAAUUGGUUAGUGAAUUUUAUCUGUGCCUUUAUUACUCCAUAUAUCGUCGAUACUGUUGAUCAUACUUCAAAAAUUGGUUCAAGAAUUUUUUUUAUCUGGGGAGGUCUAAAUGCCAUUGGCGUAAUGAUAGUUUAUUUGACAGUUUAUGAAACGAAAGGAUUAACGUUAGAAGAAAUCGAUGAAUUAUACACAAAAUCAUCCACCAGUGUAUCCUCAGCAAAAUGGAACCAGAUGAUAAGAGAAAAAACCAACAAUCCAAAUAACAUCAAUUGGUUCCCUAAGUUCCCACGCCCAUUUAAAAAUAAUAGAACAACCAUUUCAACUGAGCCUGACACCAUGAAUAAUACUACUUUGAAAAAUGUGUCAACACAAGAUUCUUCGUUGAACAACCAUGCAUUCGGAGUAUUCGAUGUGCCAAAUAAUAGCAAUUAUAUUGAACUAGGAAAUGGACUGGGUCUAGCGACAGCAAUGCACGGCCCACCUUCCAUUUCUACAGAUUCAAGUUAUAAUGUCGAUUCGGAAGGAAUUCAUAGCGAAACCAAUGGGGGCAGCCAUAACGAACAACGCAACUCUACAAUGAAUACUGACCAUCUGAAUGAGUACAUUUCACAAAUUGUGAAUGGAAGUUCUCCUCCGAUGAAUGGCCCCCGGACUUACGGUGAAGAGAACGCACUCAAUUUUUUUGAAGAUGAUGACAAUGAAGAAUUAGCUCACAAUUAUGUUGAGUUAGGCAAUGGAUUGGGAAUCACCACGAUACACAGGGAGAUACCCCCCGUACUGGCUGAUUCGAGUGAUGAAGACGAUGAAGAUGACGACGAUUUACGAGGACCAAAUCUACAAAAUAAAAGCACACUUUUCAUUUCACGUUUUAUGCACAGAUAG